UUGCCCUUCCAGAUUUUUGAAGUUCAUCAGUCAGAGCGCGCUGUACUGCAGCAUCCAGUGCUGUAGGUGGCGCUGCAAUAAUCGCACUUCUGACAUUCAGCAGCAGUGUGUCCGAGGCAUGCAGGCCGGGGAUUUGGACAGAAGAUUGUAUUAACUUUUGUAACCCGUCGCUGACUGCAGGAUGUUCUUGACUUUGGCGCUUUUGCGAAAGGGAAUCCCAGGAAAGCAGUGGAUUGGGAAGCACCGUCGACCACGGGUAGUCACUUGGCAGAUGAAACGCAAUGUUAUUCAACGCCUGGAACAGGAAGCAGAGAAUGAAUACUGGAUCAGCCGGCCAUUUAUGACGCAGGAACAGGAGCAAGGCCACGCAGCACAGAGGCGUGAGUGGAUGUGGCAACAAAUCAAAGCUACACGACAAGCCAAGUUUCCUGAACACAAAUACAUUGCAGACCAACUAAACCACCUGAAAAUCACCAAGACCUGGCCCAUCUAAUCAGAACAUCAAAGACUGAUGCAUCUCAGAGUUUGGAAAAAGGAAAUCGAUGGAAACCUAGGACUCUUUGUGUUUGAUUUUAUAUUUUCUGCAUCAUACAAUAUGUGAUUUGUGCUGUGUUUAUAAAUUACUUCUGAUCAUCA